GGGAACUGGCUGAUUCGGAGAACCUUCACCAACUCUUCUCCCAGCUCCGCGCAGGGGGUGAAGGGGCUGAGAGCCCUGCUAGCCCGGGGAGACUGGGGUAUUUUAAUGCGGCAGUGCCUGGGACACAGCAACGGCUGCCAAGGGGAUUGUGUGCCAGCCGACCGCAUGCAGUGGCUGCAGCAGAGAAGGAAGAGAACGCAGGCUGGGCAGCCGUGGGACUUCCGUAUGGUUACUUUCCUGCCAGGGGCUCUGGGGACGCGGGAGCCUCUGGAAACCUUCCCUAGGACCCAGGGAACCGGAGUCUCGGCCUGCUUUGCAGGUUCAGUGAUCUCUGAAUCCCUGAGAAGGCAUUUGGCCCACUGAGCCAUGCUCAGGCCCCUAAGUUGUUGGAACCUCAGUUUUCCUUCUUUCCAAUGGGGAUAUUAAUGUGUGCCUGGUUUAAGGGUUUUUUAUGUAAAGCCCCGUACUCAUCGCAGGUGCUUCAGAAAUGAUCAUUUUUGCAAAUAGUCCACUGAGAAUAUUUGCUCGCUAAGAUCCUGCUUACACCGGGAAGCAAAUUUAGGCUACGUAGGGGCAGGGAGUCCUAUUUUAUGGUGCAUUUGGAGAGCGCCACUUAGCCACAAAGCGUCCAUCGACCCUGAUAAGCCGGGGGUGGAGGGGGUCGAGAAUUGCGAAGUGCAGGGUCGUGGCCGGAGGGAAGGAGACUCUGGUAUCCCAGAGCCCCACAAAGGGGCUCAUUAAGCCUCAGAACUUGACUUUUCUACCUGGUAACGUUGCGGCUCGCACUGGAACUCCGGCUGUGAGAAAGUCUGAUUUCAGUUUCCUUUUCUUGAACUUGCUGUCCCACCCCCGCAGUGGCCGGGAGACUUGCUGAGCGAUCAGUAACGUAGAAGAGCCUGAGGCUCCCAUUGGCAGCGGGGUUCAGCAGGGGCCAAUCCGGUCAGGCAGAAGUCUCGGUGGAAGGCUCGGAAGAACUGGAAGGUUACUGGGAGGUUACUCUCACAACCCGGGUCUAACCACCGUGAGAGACUAGCGAGGACAGCCUCGGCUCGUGGUGAGGAGCUCUGCACCGAAAAGAGAAGCGACCACCAGUGAAGAGACCCAUCUGAGCUAAGGACACCAUGGCCACAUCAGCACCACUGCGGAGUCUGGAGGAAGAGGUGACCUGCUCCAUCUGCCUUGAUUACCUGCGGGACCCUGUGACCAUCGACUGUGGCCAUGUCUUCUGCCGCAGCUGCACCACUGACAUCUGCCCUAUCUCGGGGGGGCGGCCUGUCUGCCCCCUCUGCAAGAAGCCUUUUAAGAAGGAAAACAUCCGCCCUGUGUGGCAGCUGGCCAGCCUGGUGGAGAACAUCGAGCGGCUGAAGGUGGACAAAGGCAAGCAGCCAGGGAAUGCAACCCAGGAGCAGCAGGAUGUGAAGCUGUGUGAGCGGCACUGGGAGAAGCUGCACUAUUUCUGUGAGGAUGAUGAGCAGCUGCUGUGUGUGCUAUGCAGGGAGUCCCGGGAGCAUCGGCCUCACAGAGCUAUCCUGCUGGAGAAGGCUGCCCAGCCCCACAGGGAACAAAUCCUGAACCACCUGAGCACUCUAAGGAGAGACAGAGACAGAAUUCGGGGCUGUCAGGAGAAGGGAGAAGCUGACUUCCUAGCUGUGCUGAAGCAGCUCCAGGAGCAGAGGCAGCACGUCAUGGCUGAGUUUGAGCAGGGCCACCAGUUCCUGAAGGAGCGGGAGCAGCAUCUGCUAGGCCAACUGGCGAGGCUGGAACAGGAACUCACAGAGGGCCGGGAGAAGCAUAACAGCAGGGGUGUCUCGGAGCUUGCCCGGCUGGCAGGGCUCAUCUCUGAGCUGGAGGGCAAGGUGCAGCAGCCAGCAGCAGAGCUCAUGAAGGACACCAGAGACUUCUUGAACAGAUAUCCACGGAAGAAGUUCUGGCUUGGGAAACCCAUUGCUCGAGUGGUUAAAAAAAGGACAGGAGAAUUCUCAGACAAACUCCUGUGUCUGCAGCGAGGCCUGAGAGAAUUCCAGGGGAAGCUGCUGAGAGACUUAGAAUAUAGAACAGUGAGUGUGACCUUGGACCCAAAGUCGGCCAGUGGGUACCUGCAGCUGUCAGAGGACUGGAAGUGUGUGACCUACAACAAUGGCCUGUACCAGAGUGCUUACCUGCACCCCCAGCAGUUUGACUGUGAGCCAGCAGUGCUGGGUAGUAAGGGCUUCACCUGGGGCAAGGUCUACUGGGAAGUGGAAGUGGAGAGGGAGAGGUGUUCAGAGGAUGAAACAGACAGGGAUGAGGAGGAUGAUUGGGAAGAUGAGGAAGAGGAAGAGGAGCCUGUCUAUGGGGAUGGAUAUGAUGAUUCGGAAACAGAUGAGGAUGAGGAGUCCUCCUUGGGGGAUGAAGAGGAAGAAGAGGAGGAGGAAGUUCUGGAAAGCUGCAUGGUGGGUGUGGCUAGAGACUCAAUGAAGAAGAAGGGAGAGCUCUCCCUGCAGCCAGAGGAUGGGGUGUGGGCCCUGCGCCUCUCCUCUGUGGGUAUCUGGGCCAACACCAACCCUGAGGCUGAGCUCUUCCUGGCGGUGCAGCCCCGGAGAGUGGGCAUUGCCCUGGAUUAUGAAGGGGGCACCGUGACUUUCACCAAUGCAGAGUCGCAAGAACUCAUUUACACCUUUACUACCACAUUCACCCAGCGCCUGGUCCCCUUCCUGUGGCUCAAGUGGCCUGGAACACGCCUCCUGUUGAGACCCUGAGCGCCCUGCCUGAUGCCUCUCUCUGGCCUCCAUUGCUUUUGGAAUUCCAGGACUGAACGGGGUAGAGGGUGCCUGAAUCAAGGGAGAGAAGGCACCCCAAGUCCUCUGCUGGUCCCCUCCCAGUGAGCGUGGUCCCUGAGACCUCACUCAGUGCUGCUGCUCCACCUACAUUACCUUGGCCUGCUCUUCUAGGAGUCCUGUGCAAACUUCCAUCCCUGAAGUCCACAUGGGCUCCUCCCUUCCUCCUGCCCACUACCUUUGACCCAGCCCUGCAUUCUCUUUGUUGAGUACAGGCCAGGCAGCAUUUUCUUGCCCAGUGUAGCGUCCCAUGUUAGAUGUCCUUGGAAAAAAUUAGUGGACUGUUCCACCCUAGCCAUUUUGCUAUCCCCAAAUCCAUAGCUUCCCUCUCACACAAAUCCACUUUGCUACCAUCCCUGGUACUUUACACAGAGCUGCCCCAGCUCAGUGAAACAUGUGUGAAUAGGGCUGAUAUGAAUAGGUUGAAAAUGAACUGAAUGAAAACCUAGUGAGGCUUCCCUGGCACUUGAGUGAAUCACCUGGAGUCCAGUGGAAGUCAUCUUCUAGUGGUCCAAAGCAGAGGCUAUGCUCUUCUGAGAUUAGGACUAUGUAUGUGAAGUUCCAGGUCUGAGAAGGUGAGGCUCCUUGCAGCAGUCUGUGGUUUUGAGAAUGUUCUAAAAAUCUGUGGCUUUGGAUGACAGUUAUAAUCAGUCCUUGUGAAGGGAGUUUUUUAAAGAAUCCAGAAUAUCUUGUUCUUUUCAAUCCAUCUAAAAACAUCAGGGCAGAUACCCAGUCAAGCAAAGCCUCUCCUGCUUUGGAAGCUCUGAUAAUUUUCUCCAGUAGGGUCUCCAGACACUGGCCCUAUCAUUUUCCUAGUAGAAGGUCGGGGAAGGGCAAGACAGGCUGUGGGAGAGGAAAGGAAGGCAGCAAGAGUCCACGAGCCUGCCAGGUCAUCAUGUCAAGAGAAUUAAAGUAAAUCUGCCUACAGACCCAGCCCAAAUACCAGCCUCUGUCCAGCCCCUAGUGUCCACAGGUUAACACACCUCCCUGCUCCUGCCAGACCACCUUGUAGCCACAUCCCUGCCCUGCCUAAGGGACUGCUUCCAGCUGCUGUGGAUCAUCGCAGUGCUCCCAUAGCCAGCAUGCUGUGUAUGUUACAUGCUACCCAAGUCAAGAACAUCUGACUUCUGUCUCUAAUACUGUAAGCUCCUUGAGGUGGGUAUCAUAUGUGGUAUUUCUCUUGUGUUCUCCAUGGCACUUAGUGCAUUUCUGGGUGCAGAAUAGGUGCUCAAUAAAAUCUUGUUGACAGCCUA